UAAAGGCAACAAUGAUGUUCCCGCUCGAAAACUGAGCCAACUGAGCUUUUGAGCGACUGAGCUCGCCAUCGUUCCUCGCGCUGCCGUGAUUCCUCGUCUGCUCGGUCAGGACGGUUCCUCGUCUGCUCGAUUUGUUUGCUUCUGAGAGUGUCAACAAUGGAACAUUCAGAGCCGCCAGAGACUCAGGUCGCUCUACUUUUAUGCAUGCACGCGCAGCAGCAAAGCUCUCUGGCUGCCGUCCGAGCUGCCGUGUCAUCGGCAAAAAGUGAGGCCGAUCGCUUGGAGGACCAAAUGCUGGCAAAUAACUUCGUGCUCGCAACAACAGCGGUGGACUGCCUCACAGUGCAUCGGCAGGUGCAGUCCUUCGCGAGGCACGAGCGAUGGUUCGAAGACACCCUGCCCAACAUGCCGGAGUACUUUUUCAAACAGGCGUUCCGUGUAAGGCCAGCUACAUUUCGCUACCUUGUUGAUGUGUGCCGGCCUUACAUGGAGCGACAAGUCACCUGCAUGCGGGAGACGAUCGCGAUGGAGAAGCGGGUGGGAGUGGCCCUCUUCAAACUAUGCUCCACGGCCGAGGACAGGACGGUGGCCACCCUGUUCGGUAUCGGCCGAUCGACAGUCAAUGAACUGUACCGGGAGUUUUGCGAGACGAUCGUGGCUGUCCUCGAGCCCGAAUGGGUCAAACUGAUGACCCCAAAGGAGCUGCCGGAACAUAUCCGAGAGUUCCAAGCUGCGUUGGAGUUUCCGCAAGGAGUUGGAGCGCUGGAUGGGUGCCACUUCCCGGUGUCACCACCACAAGAAAAUGCAAGCGACUACCACAACUACAAGGGCUGGUAUAGCAUCAUUCUGCUGGCUCUGGUGGACCACCGCUACAGGUUCCGCUAUGUCAACGUGGGAGCACCAGGGCGAUGCCACGACGCACACGUCUUCCGCAGGUCGGAGCUUGCAAAGGUCUUGGAAGGACCGUUGUUUCGAGCUCCGCUUGUCACUGUGAAUGGAGCUGUUGUGCCACCACUGAUCUUGUGCGAUCAGGCCUUCCCUCUCACAUCAAACCUCCUCAAGCCCUAUCCGCGCAAGGGCUUAAAGGAUAGUUCUCCGGAAGCUAGCUUCAACAAGCAGCUCUCGGGAGCACGAAGGAUAGUAGAGAACGCCUUUGGCAGAGUGAAGGCACGCUUUCGCUGCAUAAUGAAAAGAAUGGAGUGCCAUGUAGACAAUGCCAGGGUCAUCAUCCGAGCCUGCUGUGUGCUCAACAACAUCUGCGAGCACUUCAAUGAUGGGGUUGAGCCACAGUGGGUCACCGAGGUGCAGCUCUACGACCGCAUGUUCCUGCAACCUCUCUGUAGAACGGAUGUUGCCGCUGGAAAUGGACAGGACGUGAGGGCAGCCAUAGCAGCCUACCUCCAUAGGCGGAACACGCAGCAACACGCAACGUAAUCUAGUGAUGACAUCACAUGUACAAGUGGCAGGAAGGACUCGAUGGAAGAUCAUCCAACUUCCAAACGAAAUGUGAAGCCAACUUACUGCACUAGCCCUGUGCAUGCCCACACCUCUUGGUGAAGCUAGCUGGCCUUACUGUUUGUUCGGAAGUUGCAUGGUUUAUCGUCAAUCCCUCCCUGCCACCUGC